AGUAAAACAAAUUCCUUCCACCAACCAAAAAUUCUUCCCAAAAUGGCUCCACAAAAAGGAAAACAAGGCACAAAAGGUGCUAAACAAAUUGUCGAAGAAAAUACAGCAACAUUAAGUUUUUACAGAAAUAUGGCUUUGGGAAGUACGGCUGCUUCUUUGCUUCUAAAUGUUAUCUUUUUUGAUUUUGGCAAAUUGGCUGUGAUUAUGUCUGUGAUAACAAUUGCAACCCUUGUGGCUGCUUAUCAAUUCAUGGCAUUCAUGUCUAGAGCCAAACUCUCCGACACCGGAGCAAUUCUUGAUUCUGGCAAUGAUCUUAAUAUGGAAGGUGGUAUUGCUGAGAACGCAAAAGAUUUGAUAAUUCUUAGUUCGGGAACACUUUUAUUGACCCUUCUUUCAAACUAUUUCUGGUUCUUGCUUUUGCUUGUACCCAUUCGAGCUGUUUGGAUGCUCUGGGGAACAAUCAUUCAACCAUGGUUGGCACAACGCAACGAGGCCGAACCCGAACCCGAUGAGAAGAAACAACGAAAGAUGGAAAGGAAAAUGCGACGCAUGAGAUGAAAAUAACUUCUUCCAGUCCAACGCGCUUCAAUGCGAUCCUCCACUAAGUCAUAGAAUUAAAGAUCAAAACAAAAAAAUUGUAAAUUAAAAAAAAGAUAGAAAACCCAAAUUAGACUUAGUUAAAAAACUUGUUUCCAGGAACCAAUGGAAGCCACUUGAAAAGCGAAGGUUUCAUAGCUUUGUAUAGUUUUAGAGAGCUGUUGGAAAUGGAACCUUCUUCGCUUCAAGUCAUCAUCCCAGAUUAUAACUUAUUUAUUGUUUUCUCUUUCCUUUGUCCAAGUUAUAAGCCAUUGAGUAUCUAUUUUUUGGAGAUUUAGGAUAAAGUAAAAUAAAUAAAAAAACAAACUUCCUUUAAA